AUAGACGGGCAAGGAUACAACGGAGUAUUGGAUUGCUUUCAAAAGAUUAUAAAGAACGAAGGGGCUUCAAGGCUAUACAGAGGUAUCACAGCACCAAUAUUGAUGGAAGUACCGAAGCGUGCGAUCAAAUUCUCCUCUAAUGACACGUUCGCUCCUUUGUAUCAGAAUCUUUUCAAUGCGCCAACUCUCACACAACCUCUUGCUAUCCUCACCGGUGCGAGUGCAGGGGCAACAGAGUCACUCGUCGUUGUGCCGUUCGAACUAUUGAAGAUUCGUCUCCAGGAUAAGUCUUCCGCAUCACGCUACUCGGGCUUGAUAGAUUGCUUGGUAAAGGUUGUGCGCAGCGAAGGAUUACUCGCACUCUACAACGGCUUCGAAGCAACGCUCUGGCGUCACAUUGUGUGGAAUGCUGGAUACUUUGGAUGCAUCUUCCAAGUUCGCGCUCAGCUUCCUCCACCGGAAACUGCGAAGAACCCGAAGAUGCAGAAGACUACAAACGAUCUAAUAGCUGGAUUCAUAGGUGGUGUCGUAGGGACAACACUCAACACACCACUAGACGUCGUUAAAAGUAGGAUUCAGAGUGUUGCAAAGAUGCCAGGCACAGAGGCUAAAUAUGCCUGGGCGUGGCCCAGCUUGAGGGUUGUAGCAAGGGAAGAAGGGUUCGGAGCAUUGUACAAAGGCUAUGUGGCAAAGAUAUUGAGAUUCGGACCUGGAGGAGGAGUGUUAUUGGUUGUGUAUUCGGCGGUAGCGGAGGUGCUUGGGAAAGCCAUAUGA